AUGAGCAAACCCGGAGAUUACGACGCUGUUCGCCGCGACAUCAUCGCCCAGCUGAAGAAGCCCGACUAUGAUGACGGUAGCACAGGUCCUCUCUUUGUCCGACUAGCAUGGCACUCCUCUGGUACCUACGAUGUUGAGAGCGACACAGGCGGCUCCAACGGCGCUGGUAUGCGCUACGAAGCCGAAGGUGGCGACCCCGCAAACGCUGGCCUUCAGCACGGUCGUACCUUCCUCGAACCCGUAAAAGAGAGACACCCCUGGAUCACAUAUAGCGACCUGUGGACGCUCGCAGGCGUAGUCGCGAUCAAGCAGAUGGGCGGACCUGAAAUCACUUGGCAGCCAGGGCGUACCGAUCACGCCGACGACUCAAAGGUUCCACCACGCGGCCGGUUACCGGAUGGUGCCCAGGGCGCAGACCACCUGCGAUUCAUCUUCUACCGUAUGGGCUUCAACGACCAGGAGAUCGUGGCGUUGUCGGGCGGGCAUAACCUUGGCCGAGGCCACGCGGAUCGGAGUGGAUUCCAGGGACCUUGGGUGAACAACCCGACGCGGUUUUCGAACCAGUUCUUCAAGCUGCUGCUGAACCUGGAGUGGAAGCAGACGACAUUGAAGAAUGGUAUCACUCAGUUCCAGUAUGUUGAUCCUGAUGCGGAGGAGGGUGACGAGCCGCUCAUGAUGCUGCCGACUGAUAUUGCGCUGCGGGAGGACCCCAAGUUCCGACCCUGGGUGGAGAAGUAUGCGAAGGAUAAGGAUUUGUUCUUCGAUCACUUUUCGAAGGUGUUCGCCAAGUUGAUUGAGUUGGGAAUUCAGCGGGAUGCGAGCGGCACUGUUGUCAACACAGACAAUAUCAAGGGCGGUUAUAUCUCUGCGCCGAAGAAGAGCAAUACACCCACUGGGCCACCACGCAAGGACCGCUCCCAGCAGGCCCGGCUGUAA